AUGUUCAUUUUAAUGUCUUCAUUCAGUUCACAAUAUUCAUCCACCAUGUUAUUUCUCCUUUUAGAAUGAGAAGAAAUGCUGAGAAAUAAAUCCAGCUGCCCUCUUCAAAUCUGGAUAUUAUCAUGGGUGGUGGCAAGUCUAAACUUGAUCCCUGCCCUCUCUCUUUCUCAUGGGGCAAAAGCAUCAGCAUGGACACAAAGGAAGGCCAGCUGGAGCCAGGUUCCAAGGCAGCUCAAGUCCUCAACCUCUGUGGAGUUGCUGCACAAGCUGGUGCAACUGAGAAGACCCCCAGAGAGCUGGAGGGAAAGGAAGGAGCAGGAGAGAUGGCGGAAGAGGACGAGGACGAGGUGUUCCUCAAGUUUGUGAUCCUGCAUGCACAAGAGGACACACAUGAGGCCCUCAGAGUCCAGAAUCUGCUGCAGAAUGACUUUGGCAUCAAACCUGGGAUCAUCUUUGCUGAGAUGCCGUGUGGCCGACAACACCUGCAGAACCUGGACGAUGCAGUCAAUGGGUCAGCCUGGACCAUCUUACUGCUGACUGAGAACUUCCUGAGAGACACCUGGUGCAAGUUCCAGUUCUACACAUCCCUCAUAAAUUCUGUCAACAGGCAGCACAAGUAUAACUCUGUCAUCCCCAUGAGGCCCCUGAGCAAUCCCUUGCCUCGAGAAAAGACACCCUUUGCCCUGCGCACCAUCAAUGCCCUGGAGGAAGACAGCCGAGGGUUUGCCACCCAAGUCGAAAGAAUUUUUCAGGAAUCUGUAUAUAAGACCCAACAAACUAUAUGGAAGGAGACAAGAAAUACAAUUUCUAGACAGUUUGCAACCUGAGCCCAACAGUGCUUCAUCUACAAGUGAGAAAGCAAUUUCUAGAGAAAGACUUAAUUGAAAGAGCCUAUUUCUUAAGGAGCACCAGAAAAACAAUAUCUUCAAAACAAUCCAUAACAUCAUGCUGGUUUUUUCUUGCUGUUCUUGAUGUUUUGAUAAACCCUAAUUUCUAUUUCAGUUUGGUUGGGGGGGCAUGCC